ACAGCUCGGCUGUGACAGCCUUGUCAUUGUUAUGAGGUGACAGCAAUGAUAGGGUGACAGCAGACUGCCCGUCAGAUCACGUCAAUUUUUUUCGCCAUUCGCUAAACAUGGCCGGCGGUGAAGUUGAGCUAGCGCAGUCCGCCGCUCCCGGCGGAGAUACUAUAUUUGGGAAAAUAUUACGCAAAGAAAUCCCUGCGAAAUUCGUUUAUGAAGACGAUCAAUGUGUGGCGUUUCAUGAUGUGAACCCACAAGCUCCAACUCACAUCCUAGUGAUACCGAGGAAGCCAAUUUCGCAACUAUCCAAAGCUGAGGAUGCUGAUGAACAAUUGCUAGGUCAUUUAAUGAUUGCUGCUCGCAAGGUUGCUGCUCAAGAGGGUCUAGAUAAGGCAGGAUUCCGUCUUGUCAUCAAUGAUGGCAAAAAUGGUGCUCAAAGUGUGUACCACCUUCAUAUUCAUAUCCUUGGUGGUCGUCAAAUGCACUGGCCACCUGGCUAAAUGUGAUGAUUGUUAAAAUUUGAACACCAAUAAAGAGUUUUUUGUA